CAACAGUACUCCCACCAGCCCAAAUACCCCCCAAACCACUACAAUGCAUCUGAUGUACACCCUCGACGCCCAAGGCAACCGCCUUUACACCUUGAAGAAGGUCGCUCAGGGCCAGGUCACCAAGUCUGCUCACCCUGCCCGUUUCUCUCCCGACGACAAGUGGUCGCGCCAGCGCGUUACUCUCAAGCGCAGAUUCGAGCUUCUCUUGACUCAGCAGAAGGAGGAAUAAAUUGCUCGAAAUGAAUCGCAGAUCGACUCUAAGCUAUAGACACGGUCAACUCGACGAGCGACAGAUUCUGCAGACGACCCACCCGAAUUCAGACUUUUUACACAUUCAAGACUCGGAUCGCUUGGGUCAAUCAUGUUGUUCGAAUCUCCAAUAUCAAUGGUGGCUUUCGAAUCCCGGGUACCAAUUGUGCCUGUCGAAUCGCUAGGAUCAAUGGCUCGAUAGUUUAGAUCAGACUCAUGGAAACAAAAAUGGCGACAGAUCGCAGACUACAAUCUCGGAUCAGUCGCAUGGCGUUACGGUAUUAGGUCAUGGGCGUUAAGACACAGUAGUGUGUUUCAAAUCAAGUCUUUUUCUCUCUCGUCUACUUUUUACUCUCUAGUGCUUCUUUUUGGAGUUUACAUUUCGUCCUGCGCCCACGCGAAUCUUUCCGCCGCCACCGCCAGAUCGAUGCCCUGUUAGUAUAUCAGGAAGAUAAUCUUGAUCCAUGAUAUCCUUCUUUCUCUGUCUUUGUUGCUCCGUCGCUGCCCUUGUGAAUUCCUUCUGAUCCUCUGCGAAAAUGAGAUUCGUGCCCCAGUUGUUUUGUCCACCUGCAUUCUUGGCGAGACGUCCGUUGGAGGAUCCGUGGACUGGCUUGGGAACACUGUAGACGUUUCCGCGGUUGUUCCACUGGAAGUUCUUCUUCAGAUGGACCUUGAAGUUUCCGUACUCGUCUGUUGAGCAACUCGUUCGCAUAAGCGUAGGCUGUCCACACGUAGGGCAGAACUGCUUGUCCAUCUCCUUUGUGAUCUUGAAGCAGCCGUGGCAGCGUAGAACCCAGUUCUUGAGGUGUGUGAUUCGUGCGAGCGAGGGAGCGACGAGGUUUAGGUUCAUUCGCAGAGCGACGUUUUGCAUGGCGUAAUCGGAGGUGAGGACUGCGGCUUGUAGGGUUUUUUGGACGGGGGCUGAAGGACCAGUAGCGCCGGGGGUUGCUGCUUGGUGUUUCUUCAGGUUGGAGGGGGUGAUCCAGCCGCCCUCGUCGUCGGAGGCGUCUGAGACUUCGCCUUCAGAGGCUUCCUCGACGGCUUCGAUGGUCUCGUCGACCUUUUCGCCGGAAACUUGGGGUGACUCGGUGUCUGCGGACUCU